AUGUAUGAAUAUGAUGAAAACCUACCAAAUAGCCAAAUGAUGAUGAUGUCAUCUUUAGCAGCAGCAUCUCCUCCAACACUACCCUACAUCCAGCAUCCUGUUUCCAAAUUAGACACCCUAGCUGGCAUCGCAAUCAAGUAUGGGGUUGAGGUUGCGGACAUAAGAAAGGUAAAUGGGCUUGUGACUGACAGGCAGAUGUUUGCUCUUAACACUCUUCACAUUCCACUAAAUGGAAAGCACCCUCCACCCAUCACUACAGGCUUCAGACAUGAUAACACAGAGCACAGUCCAGCGGAUAAUGAAUGCUGUGAACUGUUUGAAUCAUUCCAGCCUCUGAGAUGGAAGUCCUCUGAGAGGAAGCACUCCCCAGUCAUGCGCUCUUUACAAAGUCCCUAUGGAGCUAAACCAAAAAUGAAGAAAUCCUCAUCUGAAAUCUUCAUGGUGGAGUACGAAAAAAGGUCUUUAAAAUGUUCAGAAAAUGGUCCAUCUUACCGGAACUCACCAUUGUCCAGUAAAAGUAGUUGUCACCAAAAAUCUUAUAGUUUGGCCACUGAUAUUAUGGAGAGGUCAGAUAGCAUGACAGGUAUAGAAGCAAGGAAAAAAGAGCCUGAUAAAAGGCAUGGUACACUUAUCCGGAGGAAUCAUAAAUCUGAAGCUAACCUUCAGCGUAUUCCAGAGUUGCUCUUGAAGUAUGAUAGUAGUAGCAAUGGUGGGUUUUCAACAAGAUCAGCAAAUGGCCUAGCUCAGAGGCAGAAAUCUUCUAGUCGAUUAGCUCUGACGCCUUAUUCCAAACAGGAAGUAUUAUUCAUAACUAGUGUGAGCCGCAGAAUUAAUCAACUGAAGUUAGACUAG